UUGUCUGCCACCUCUGCCUCCAUUUUCAGGGUUGUUGGCAGCGGCGUAUUCUGCUAGGGGCCUGGUGCGCCCUUCAAGCACCGUGACCAUGGCGAGCAUACCUCGUCCUCGUCCUCGUCGAUCGCCAUGAUGUUCAGUAACCAUUUAGUUCAAGACUUUCUUUGGCUCAACUUCGUCUCCAAAGCAAAUCGCUCGACCCCGGCAGCGUCGAAAUGGCUCGCUUUCGCCGUGUGCUCUCGGCGGCUCGCUCGCGGCAGCCGGCUGCCUUCGCAGGGGCGCCUAUGUGCCAGGGCCCGUGCGCGAUCGCGUCGCGCCGCUUGCUGCAGCCUCCGCUGCUGCGGCGUUCGGCCCUCCCGCGCAGGCGGAUGAGAUCGGCGAUGUUGCGAAGAAGCUCGGUGCCGGUUCGUAUGCCACGCUUUCGUCAAGGAGGUGGACUGGAACACCUGCAUCUACUUGCAGGCUCCUGGGAAGUUCCAGCCGCUGGAGGCCGUGAAAGCCAUUGACAAAAUGAUCGUGAUGCGGCGGAAGCCCACCACAAGGUCAUCGGCAGUAUCAGAGGCGCCUUGCGUGACCUCGCAGGCCGACUGGGAUGCCGUGAGCGAGGCGUUUGGCCGCGUUAUCGCGUCCGUGCUGGAGUCCACGGUGAUGGGUGUCUACAAGUCUAUCUCGGCCAUCGUGGAUUUAGGGAUCCCCGCGUACCUGAAGUCCUUCGUGGUCGGUGCCGAUGCCGAGAAGGCGUGCUCGGGCUUCCUGGCUUUCAAAGACGUGGUGCAGAAGAGCCAGGUCGCCUUGCCAGGACCCGAUGAGGCGGCGCCCUCAGGCGACAGCGCAGGCGCGGCAGCCAAGAAACUCGGACGCGUCCUACUCGUUUCUGAUGUCCGCGGACUGGACUUCCAGUUCGUCGAUCGCCGAGACCCAGCACUUUUCUCGCCCUCGUCCAUCACCGUGGCCAACGUUGCCGCCGCCCCUGGCUCAGGCGAGGACGUUGUGGACGCCGUAGCUGAACGGCUAUGUCAAUAUCGGGUGAAACAUUUUUCCGGUUUGCCCUAUGAUUGAGAGUCGGGGGCGAUUGCAUCAUGGUUCUGAUCGCGGAAGACUCUGGAUCUGACGACAACGGUAUUCCAGUCUCACCGAAGACAAAGGACGACGACGAAGGCAUUUGUCAACAGGUUUACGGGAUAUGGGGCGGACUUCGCAUACGUUUGGCGUGGGCAUGUGCAUGUCAUAGGGACGUGUGUGCGGCAAUCGCGUAAGUGGCGGCCCGCUCCGCCACGGUCUCCCGAGGUGUCUGAAAGGGUGCCCGUGGGGCCAGGGCUCUUGGGGUCGUUUUGGGCGGGGGACAUACUGGGCUUGCCCAGCGCCCCGUCCGAGGCCAGUAACUUGGGGCUGUCAAAAUCCUGUUAUCGUCUUAUUCCGUAUGCGCAUCUGCAUGAGCUUUGGGGCGCUCCAUUUGUUGCUCAAGGCACGUUGGCAGAUGUCGAAAGCCGAGGAGGCUCCUCGAAGAAGUCAGAGACAGCGUGGACACGAGCGCCAAAUUAAGAAUCAGAAGUAGGAGUAUGGGGGAAUUCCCCAGUCAUCGCUUCUUGUUUUUUCCCUCGAAGUAAUUGGUUCGGUUUUCUGGGGGUUCGGCUGAUGCCCGCCUGAUGCCGCCUCGUAACCGCCUCGUGUUCUGACUGGGUUUGUUGGAUUUCCGUCUGGUGUCCGCGUGCGCCCUUCGUCGCCGCCUCAUGCGCUGGCUGUGUUUGUGGGGCUUUGAGCGGGUGCCAGCCAUGGCAGGCCGUGAAGAAGGUUGGCAGGCCGCGUGCGGAUUGGACAGUUCAAGUCCUACGUGUGUGUUGCGCAGCGGCAGGUGACAUAACCAAGGUGACCCCGCUCCUGUGUAGCGAAGCUUCCUGGCGGCAUUCUGCUCGCACGGCGAUUCUGUCAACAUAGCGCAGCAUCGCCCGAUUGUGUUGCACAAUUUGCCCCCUCCAGUGUCUCACGCACCUCCACGUGCUGCCACGCCGGUGUCGGCCAUGCCGCCGCCUCGUGCACUGGUCUGGCCCCCCGAGGUUUUGGCACGAUGCUCGCCAGUCGCCGCCCCAUCGCAUUGAUAUUGAACCCCGUAGGUUCCCCUUUGUCCAAGAGUACUGGGUUCCCCCAGGUCGAGGCCUGACUUGAGGAUUCACCUUCGCGUGCUUUUUUCCCCGUGUUCAUUCUCACGACCAUGCACCCAAAAAGUGAGUUCGCACCAUCCCAGCCAGGCCCUUUUUUUCGACCCUCCCUCUUCCCUGUCAGCAUUCAGUGCGCUUGUUUGUUUGAGCCUGAGCAAGUAUUCGAUGUGAAUGUUGUCAUUAAUAGAUGCAUGAUUCACCAAAUAGUUUGUCAAUGCUUAUUUUAUCAGUGCUAUAUAACGAUGCCGAGACCAUGCUCAGCAACCUUUUUCUUCCCUUUGCGCUCGUGCGCGCCACAAGGCUUCUAAGCAGGUCUAACGUAUGCACCAUGCCAGGGUCCAGCAUGGCCUGGGGUAUGCUUAGUAGUGGUGAUAAUUGAGGGUUCAUGUCGCGAUGACGUCGGCGGUGGCUUGUGACACCGCGUGCAUAUCUCAACUUUGAACGAACGCGGCUUCCCGAUAUUGCAAAUCGAUCGAUGGCCGUUGAUUCGGGCCAUUGGCGGCGUUCAAUCUUGAGCCGAUGCGCUGGGGUCGCCGCCGCAUCGGCACAAUGCCAACCUACUGUAGUGACGACUUGUGCGUUGGUGUCCCACACCGCGUGGUUCGAUCGACGUUGAACGCUCGUGGCUUUCUGACAGCUUCGAUCGUUCAGUAGUGGCCGAGCUCAGGCCGCUUGGAGGCAUUUUUCUGAAAUGAGCUGAGUGAAGACACGCAUGCUUCACUGAAGGCGAACAUUUACC